AGGGUAUUUAAAUCUUUUGCCCAUAUUUUUUUUUGAUUUGGACCCUCUCUCCACCAAUACCCCUGUUCGAUGAGCAACCUUCGAAGGUUUUGAAAGUGCGGCCACAUCGGCCCAACAGAAUUGACCAGACUUGGCAAUGUGCCGGGGUAACGUGUGUGGGAAAUGUGGCUGAUGAAGAGGACUGAACGCUAUAAUGCCAUCACGCUUUUCUUCUAGUGCUGACUCGUAACUAGGAAUCUGGGACUAGUCUCUCUCCCCCUGAAGUUUAGGACUGAUUUAUCACACCGGCUCCGCUCAAGUACUUAACACCUGAACACGCUCUAUCAAGGUUGGAAAGAGAGUACAACGUCACCCUUACUUGAGAUAGACUCAGUCGACACAAUGGGAAUCACAAACAAUGACCUCGUCUUACAGAAUCCACACUCAUUCCUCACAGGUUUUUUCUUGUUCAUAGUAGCUGGGGUCUUAUUAUAUCUGGCCUACCAGUGGGCCCUCCCCAAACCUAUCCCUGGCAUCCCCUACAAUGAAGAGGCUGCCGGGAGAAUCAUGGGCGAUAUGCCCAGCAUCGUGGCCUACAUGAAAGAGCAUGGCCGGCUUCGACCUUGGUUCGCGAAGCAGCCCGUCAGACACGGCUCGCCUCUGAUACAAUUCUGGAUGACCCCAUUCAGCAAACCAAAAUUAAUUCUAUCCGACUAUCAAGAGGCGCAGGAUAUUCUCCUUCGACGGUCAAAGGAGUUUGAUCGCAGCACGAGGAGUAUCCAGGUCUUUUUGACCAUUCCAGAUCACCACAUCGCCAUGGCUUCGACUGACCGCCGUUUCAAAGGCAACAAGGAACUAGUCCGGGACUUGAUGACUCCUAAGUUUCUGUAUGAUGUGUCGGCCCCCCAAAUUUAUUCCAAGACCACAGCCCUGGUCGAGUUGUGGACGCUAAAGGCAGAACUCGCCAAUGGAAGACCAUUUGAUGCUCGCCGGGAUAUAUUUGACGCUGCCAUCGAUAUCAUCAACGCUGCCACAUUUGCUUUCGACGACAGCCUAUGCACAGUGAAACACCAGCUCGAUUACCUUGCUACCACGGACAGUCGCCAAUUACCGGUCAACCCCGACGGCUCAGUCGACUUCCCCCAACUCCCAGAAUUGGACGACAUUGCCGUCGUCCAUGCCCUGUGUGAUCACAUUGGAAAUCAAUUCAAGUCACUUAAGCCAAAGCUGUCCCACAAGUUCAAGUUGCUUACAGAUUCUUCGUUUCGGCGCAACUUGGCUCGCAAAGAUGAACUGAUCACACAGGAGAUCAACAAAUCUCUCCAACGUUUCGAGAGUGGAGAUAAUACUAUGUUCUCUGCCAUGGACCAUAUGCUACAACGAGAGAGGGAAGCAGCCAAGAAAGCAGGGCGGAAACCCGAUUUUCAUUCGCGGCGAAUUUAUGACGAGCUCUUUGGCUACAUUGUUGCGGGUCACGAUACCAGCUCAAGCGCUCUAAAAUGGAUCGUCAAGCUCAUCUCAGAACACCAGGACGUCCAGAACAAACUACGCUCCAUACUGCAGGCGGCGUACCCAGCGGCCCUCGCCGAAUCCCGCCAACCGAACGAAACUGAGAUCACGAAAACCAGUAUCGCCUACGUUGAUGCCGUCAUCGAAGAGGCCCUACGCUAUGCCAGCCCCCUUCCCGUCGUUCUCCGUGAGACGACCAUGGAUACGAUUUUGCUCGGCCACCAUAUUCCCAAGGGCACUGACAUCUUCAUGCCUUCUAGCGGCCCUGGAAUCUUGAUGCCAGCUCUGCCCGUCAACGACAAUGUGCGCAGCGAGACGUCGCGAACGAAGCACUGGGGAGGAAAGUGGAAUGAGCAGGACAUGCAUCUCUUCAAUCCUGAACGAUGGCUCAAGACAGACGAGACGGGCAAAAUCCAGUACGAUUCCCAAGCAGGCCCCUUUUUGGCCUUUGGCCUGGGCCCGAGGAGCUGCUUUGGUAAGAGGCUGGCUUAUCUCGAGAUUAGGAUGGUACUAGUACUCUUGGUCUGGAACUUCGUCUUCAAGCCGCUGGAAGGAGAGCUGGCAUCAAGUAUGGCGGUCGACAGCCUCACGUCAAAUCCCAAAUAUUGCUACGUGGCGUUGGAGAAGGUGCAGCGUUAAAGCCGAUGGGUGCGAGUUGCCUUUCCAUUUUUGGGUGGUUGGUGUUCUUAGUUUGAAGUGCAUGACGCUGCAAGUCAUAUGCAUUGUGCUCCAAGUGUGAUCCAAUGGGAAAGUCAUCCAGAGCGCUUUCUCAUAUUUCAAGUCUUUAUGUAGUCUAUUUUUGUUCGUGUACGAAGGUGGUUGUGCCCUAACAAAUAUUACUCACUAUCUUCCAGGUAUUAGCUUGUGGGUUGUAAUUGCUGUCCAAAUCCAGGAUCAGACGAUCAUGAGUUUAGUCAAUAUCUAUCAUGC